CAGAUUUUACACAUGACAGCCGUUGCGAUGUGUUCAACGUACUCGCCUUGUUAGUCGCUUGGAUCGUGUUGCAUCGCUCGUUCGACAUCGGCUCCGAAGAUGGCACGCACACCGGCAAGGACACCGUCUUUCCUCACGGUGAACGCGACUCCCUGCGUGCUCCAGUCCACUCCUAUCUCCGUGGAAUCCCCGGAGAGCGGGUACUACGAAGGUUAUUCGACAAACCCCAGCUCCAAUUCUAGCCCCUCAUUGGCCCUCCUAAGCGAAGACGAGAGUCGUCGUGCCUCUUACGUAGUGCCAUACAGCGGGGACCCCGUGGCACAGUUGCUGCGCCUUCCAGAGCCCAUGCCGAGUCGUCCUCAUGUGAACAUCCUCAAGGAGCUCCAGAGUUGCAGGCCGGUCGUAUGCAGGAUACUGAGCUAUCUGGCCACACCAGAUCUGGUGCGCGCCUGUCACGUCAGCUCGGAGUGGCGCAGGCUGUGCCUCUCCAUACAAGAACAGUCGGAUCGCUUCAAAACGUACAUCAAGGAGAGAAAGGAGCACUUCGAGUCAUCCAGGGAAAACAUCCACGAGCGCAGGCCACCCAAGAGGGAGGCAUCCAGUGCUCCUCCCCUGGCGAAUCACAAUGCCAACACAGAGCAAAAUUCAAACGAGCAAGCCGGAAAGAACGAGGAAACAAAGACAAGGCUAGACUUGUUCAGAGAGGAGGCCAAGCACAUUCGGCCAGAUGAAUCGCUGUGGCCCUGUCCCAACUGCCAGUAUCCGAGCCGGGUGACUGACAACGGUACGACUGGCACUUGCAAGUGCGGCUACCGGUACUGCCCCAUAUGUCGCCGGGACUACCACCUGCCCAAGCCGUGCGUCACCAUCUCCGGGCAAGUCUCCUCCCGGUCCAAAAAGAACAUCAUCGGCAGCAAGCACUCGAAGCGUCAGCUGCGCCGCCUAUGACCACGCGCACACCUGCAAUCAUGGUUGCAUCCCGCUGUGCAGUCUUCAACGUGGGGCCAGCUGCAAAAGACUCAACGGGGUUGCUGCACAGUGACUCGUGCGUGAUCGGGUGCAUGUGGCAAACUUCCCGGUUGAGUGUCUUAAGUUUUAUUUUUUUAUAUACAGUUGACUAUUUUUGUUCUUACAUGCUUUUACGGGUGAUGAGUGGACAAAAGUGAGCCCUCAUUUUAAUGCCUUUAUGUGUGACGUGCAGGGAGUCUGCUAGUAUUCUUUUGCAUCGUCGCCAAACUGCAUGCUAUGUAGUGGGUAAAUUUGUAUUCUUGCGCCAGUCACAUUGCCAUAAGUCCUGGCAGUGGCAUUUCCAAAACUCUUAUUACAUUCGCAUUCAGUAAGGCGGGGACCGUCGCCAACUGCGGUCGCAAGGCCUUGCAUUCGUCUGCCCAUUGCGAGCUUGGCCACUCAAUGGGCUGAUGUAUGUGGCCUUUGGCAUAAGUUAACGACCGUUCUCAAAAACAAUUGCUGAGCCCACCCUCCCAACAUCUCUGGAGGUCUGCACAUUCCGUUAUGCAGUUCGCGUGCUGGCAGGCUCUCUGCAACACUUCCUGCCUUCACUCGCAUGGCUUCUGUGAAGCCCAGCUGCCAUCACUGUACAAAACAUCUCAUCACCGCAUUCAACAGUCGGGAAGCUUUCUGUACAGCCCCGAGCAUCCCAUGUACAUAGUGUACAUAGAGUGAAUGGGAACCGGUGUGUAUAUACUGUACACUGUACCUGAUGCGAUCUCUGUGUACUUGAGAGGUGGGGCUUCAGGACUGACCAACUGUGCCAAGUGACUCUUCCUACUCCCUUUUGCAGUGGGAGAAUUAAAAGUUGUGUACCUCUAUGAACAUGAUUGGAUCGCAGUGCCUCUCUCAAAACUGGUAUUUUUCUCUCUCGAUCAGUAUUAUGUUGCCACUCGCUGAAACACUAGAAAUUGUUUUCAAAAACUUCCAGUAUUCCCUGACGCUCUUCUGUUUUUUCUUUGUCUUUAACUCUAAUUGGUACAAACUUAAGAGCAUGUGAUAUUGUAACAUCCAUGCAUUUUCGUUUCAUUGUUUCACUCUCAGUAUUUUAAGUGUUUAUGAAAAGUGAAUACCAUGUAUGAAGGGCACUACGUGUCUCAACGAAUUGUGCCACGUACAUGGAGGUAUCCACUCUACCGCAUUUAUCUUGCCCUUGCAUGGAGAAAUGCCGCUACUGUAGCACAAUUUCAAGGAUUGUCUUGAUGUGACAAUUGUGCUCAAUGUGAUAUGUACAGUGUCACAACACAAAGCCAAAGUAAAAUGAGAUUUUUUUCGUAUCAACACUGA